AUGAGUGCACCAGGUUCUCCACGAGGCGGUACGUUACCUGACGAAGACGACUGGCUCUCAUGGCUUCACCACCAUGACGAUGUUCUGGACAGUAAUCCCGGGCUCGAUAGCGGGACGGUGAACACAGAAGCCGACGUUACGGACGGCGGCCCAUCCCGGACAGGGUUACAGCACUUAUCAACCGAAACAUUGGAAUCCAUAGAUUGCACAACUUCAGGGGGACUCGCAUCUAGCGAUACUUUGGCUGAAGAUGUCUCAGGUUUAUCGUCCAGCGGAUACUAUGGCGCCCCAUCAGAUUCAUCCGUGGGAUCUGUAGAUUCCCUGACUUCACCAAUCGCGUCGGCUUUUCGGUUGAGACGAAGAAGGAGACAGACGCGACGGGACAUCAACACCACUCGAGAGAGGGAGACGACUAAACGAAGGUAUCAGUGCACGUUUUGCACGGAUGCCUUUAAAACAAAACAUGACUGGCAAAGGCAUGAGACAACAAUGCACUUGACUCUUGAGCAAUGGAAGUGCUCAAGAUAUGGACCGAUAAUACAACAGACAGAUGGAAAUUCGUACUGCAUCUUCUGCAAAUGUCUCAAUCCCUCGACAGAUCACCCAGAGACUCACAACUAUUCAGCCUGUGCUGCGCAACCAGAAUCCGCACGACUUUUCCACCGCAAGGAUCACCUGAGACAGCACUUACGUCUCUUCCAUCAAGGCUGCAACUUCAAUGACUCCAUGAAGAGCUGGCUUUCGUCGAUAGAUGAUGUAAGAUCAAGAUGUGGAUUUUGUGAUGCUCAACUGGACACUUGGACUGAAAGGCAGAGGCAUCUUGCUUUGCACUUUCGGUCAGGUACAGAUAUGAGAGAUUGGAAAGGUGAUCGUGGUUUUGAUACGAGUAUUGAGGAGCUCGUGGAGAAUGACAUGCCUGCGUUCUUGAUAGGUGAUCAGCGGCGAACUAUGGAGCCAUUUUCUGCUUCACGGGUAGAUCAUCGCAUUGACACGUACCCUUUCAGCCCGUUCAGCACCAAUGACGCGAGCUCGAGAGAAUCAGAGGUUCCACACUCUCACCAGGAGGUACAGAGGCUCUUGUUGCAAUAUGUGUCUACCGAGAUCUCGAAAGGCCAUGUGCCGUCAGAUACAACGAAAGAUGAGCGAGAUUAUAUACGGCCCUGA